UCUCUCUCUUAGCAAGAAACAGCUCUACAAGCUAAAAUUAAGAGGGCAGAGACAGAGAUGGCAAAGAGAGACCGAGUCAAGAAGACAAUAAAGGGUCCAGAAAUUAAAUUUAGUCAUUUCCCGUCGUGGGUACCUCUCCUUUUCCCCCGCAAAAUUCUCUCCUAUCUAAAAGAAACCACUUCUCUCUUUCAUUAUUUGUAUCAUCUCUCUCAUUUUCUUCAUUUGUUUUUGCCUAGCGGAGGCAUUGGGCUAACAAGGGCUCUGGCUGUGGCAUCCUGAUAUGAGUGCUUGAUUUUUUUAUUGUGCGCUUCUGUUUUGCGUGUCACACAUCUACACCCACAGGCCAUUUUUACGUUCCCCAUCAGAUGGCUGCUGUCUCUGGACCUCUAUCUCUCAAUCCAGUACCUGAGAUGGACCAUCUUGGGGAUGAGAGGAAAACAAGGAUUGAAUCCUUGAAAAAGAAAGCCAUCAAUGCCUCCAAUAAAUUUAGAAACUCUUUCACAAGGAAGGGUAGGAGAAGUAGUAAAGUAAUGUCUAUUGAAAUUGAGGAUGUACAUGAUGCUGAAGAAUUGAAGGCGGUUGAUGCUUUCCGCCAAGUACUUAUUUUGGAGGAACUCCUACCCUCAAAACAUGAUGAUUAUCAUGUGAUGCUCAGAUUCUUGAAGGCCAGGAAAUUCGAUCUUGAGAAAACAAAGCAAAUGUGGUCUGAUAUGCUCCAAUGGAGGAAGGAAUUUGGUGCUGACACGAUCAUGGAGGAUUUUGAAUUCAACGAAAUUGAUGAAGUCCUGCAAUACUACCCUCAAGGGCAUCAUGGUGUGGAUAAGGACGGAAGGCCUGUUUAUAUUGAGAGACUAGGCCAAGUAGAUGCUAACAAGCUAAUGCAAGUCACAAAUCUUGACCGUUAUGUCAAAUACCAUGUUCAAGAGUUUGAAAGAACUUUUGCUGUCAAGUUUCCAGCUUGUUCACUUGCAGCAAAAAGGCACAUUGAUCAAAGUACAACCAUUUUAGAUGUGCAAGGAGUGGGCCUCAAAAAUUUCAACAAAGCUGCAAGGGAUCUUAUCACCCGCCUUCAAAAGAUUGAUGGUGACAACUAUCCUGAGACCUUGAAUCGCAUGUUCAUCAUCAAUGCUGGUUCUGGAUUUAGAAUGCUGUGGAACACUAUUAAAUCUUUCCUUGAUCCUAAGACUACAGCAAAGAUCCAUGUUCUUGGCAAUAAAUAUCAGAGCAAAUUACUUGAGAUAAUUGAUGCCAGUGAGUUGCCUGAGUUCUUGGGAGGUACCUGCACUUGUGCUGAUCAAGGAGGCUGCAUGCGCUCUGAUAAGGGCCCCUGGAAAGACCAAGAGAUAUUGAAGAUGGUUCAAAAUGGAGAUCACAAAUGUACAAAAAAAUGUGAGAGCCAGAUUCCUGAUGAGAAGACAGCUUCCGAUGAUGACACAGUGUUCUCAAAGGGUUCAGCUCUAGAUGUUCCAAGGAACCAUUUCGAUUAUUCUCAAGUCGCUCCUAUUCUUGCACAAGUUUCUUCAAAGUUUGAGGACUAUGGGCCUAUAAUUGAGAAGACAGUUGAUAUGACUUGGAAACAACUUGCUGAAGAUGAGAAGUAUACCCUUACUAAAGCAGAUUGUUACGCCAAUUAUGAUGGUAGCAAGGUCUCUGAAGGAGGCUCUCCAAUUUUUACUGGUGUAAUGGCUUUUGUUAUGGGCAUCGUCACAAUGAUUAAAGUGACACGCAACAUGCCCAGGAAACUGACCAAUGCCACCAUCUAUUCCAGCUCUGUCUAUUGUGAUGAAGCAGAAGUUAAAAGCCGGGCACAUGAACCUGCCAUCUCUACUGCAGAUUACAUGACUGUCAUCAAACGCAUGGCAGAAUUGGAAGAGAAAGUGAAUGUUCUGAGCAUGAAACCUGCUAUGACUCCUAAGAAGGAGGAAAUGUACAAUGCUGCUAUGAGCAGGGUUGAUACCUUGGAGCAAGAGCUUAUGGCAACUAGAAAGGCUCUAGAGGAUUCACUUGCUCGACAGGAAGAGCUUAUUGCUUAUCUUGACAAAAAGAAGAAGAAGAAGAAGCUGUUUAACUGGUGAAUGAAUAAACAUUGGAUGCCUGGAGUUGCUAAGAGAACUGCUGGUGAGCUGAUUUUCUGUUUUCCAAGGCCACCUAGAUGCACGCUGGUUUAAGGUUUUGUGUACAAAAUAGAAAUCAGAGGUUUUUGUCCUGAUGUACAAUUUUUAUCCUUGCAUACAUAUAUCUCCAAUAAAAACUGGCAUCUUACAGAUCUA